UCAUGCACUGCCCUCAGAAUUCAGAGAUAGGAAGGUGUGGACCCCCUGGAACUGGAGUUACAAACAGUUUUAGUUUUGUAAGCCACCAUGUAGGUGCUGGGAAUUGAACCCAGGUCCUCCGGAAGUGUAGCCAGUACUCUUACCUACUGAUCCAGAUCUUAAACAAGAACUUUUCCAGUGCUUCAUCCAGGAAGCUACUUCUGAGGAGUUCAGAUCUCACCCAGAGAGUUUCUGUAUCCAAGACGCUGACAGAAGCUAUGUUCUUCCUGUCCUUCCUGGAGUUGAUAGCUGGGCCUAUGGAAUCCCAGGCAGACACACCCAGCAGCGAGUCAGUGGAGAGCUGUACCUUGAACCUACCGACAGCAUGUGACAUCAGAGGUCAUGAAGCAUGCCAGGGAGCCAGCCAGGCGGCCAGCAGCAAGUCUCUGAGUUCUCUGGAAUCCCAUUCUUUCCCUUGUUCUUCGACUGCUGAUACAGAUAGCAGCUCUCUAAACACUGAGCAAAAGGAGGGCUCCUGGGACUCUGAGAACUUCUGGCUUGAUCCUUCUGUGACAGGCCAGCUGGAGACCAGUGAAGAGGAGGAUGGACUUCGGAAAUCGCUGGACAGAUUCUACGAAGCAUUUGCCUAUCCACUGCCAGGCUCCGGAGAUCAGCUCUCUGUCCCUGUGUGUCAGUGCCUGUCUCAGACAAUCUCUGAACUCCAGGGCCAGGAGAGCCAAGAGUACGCUCUCCGAAGUUUCCAGAUGGCACGAGUCAUCUUCAACCGGGAUGGCUGCUCUAUCUUGCAGAGGCAUUCCAGGGAAACCCGAUUCUACCCUCUGGAGCAAGGAAGCAACUCUCUGGAGGAUGUUGAGCUCACCCCAGGGCUGUCAAGAGAGAUCAUUCGUUUCCUCUUGGAGCAGCCUGUAAUGAAAGACUCCUAGCUGGUGCUGAUGUAAUGUGAAAGUCGGCAAGGCUGGAGGGGGAUGUGCUGCAGCUUGGCCCUCAGAGUCCCUGGGGGGGGGGGAGGGUUGUCUCUGGAUAGCUUACUGUGUCCAUCGGGGUUAGCUACAAGCUGUACAGGUAAAGGCUGGCACCAGCAACCUGGUUAUGGAGCCAGUUAGACUAUAGGUGUGCCACCCCACCACUUGCCUUGGCCAAGGCUGCCACUGACUCAACUAGGGUUGAGCCCAGCUUCCUUGCCUGUGUUCCAGAGUGCUCUCCUGGGGUCCAGGCCAGGGCUGGGACUUUGGCAGGAAAUCACUUCCUUGCUUGGUUCACACAUAAAAGGGCUUCUUCAGCCCCAUUAGAUUGCAGUAGGGAAGACAAGGAGACAGCGCUGGACCACCCACCAGGUCUGAGGUGUAAGGGUGGAACUAUGUGACCUUGCCGAUUUGUGCUUAAGGGGAUAAGGAAUGCUUUGCCUAGGCACCUUUCCCCUCUCCUGUUAUUUUUGCCUUCUGUCCACUGCCAGCACUCUCUGUCAUCCUCUGAAGGGUUGCCCCUCAUUCCUGCCCUGAUCUUGCCUCAAGCACCCUGAGCUCCAGUGCAAAUGCUUGCCCAGAGCAGGGCUUUGCUGUCACCUGUGCCUGUCCUCCAGGCAGGUGCACAGCCUGACAGGGAGCUCUUUAAAUAGCUAGUUCAGGCUUGCACUGGCAGAUGCUCCUCUCUGCGGGUUGCGUCCUGAGCCCCGGUUUGAGAAUUACGUCAGCUGGCACCAGGAACUCUGAAACAGUAAUUGGAAGCCUCAUAGAGUUCUUCAAGCAAAUUACAUCAGUAGAGAGGCUUAUUUCCCUCGUUUGGAGUAAUAGCAAAAGCUGGCAACUCUGUGCACUUAGAUUUUGAGAAACUUGAGGUGAAGUUUAAUUGGCAUGAGACUCCAAAGCUUUUCAGAAAGUGGAUUAUGCAAAUGGGGCAGCCAACAAGUGCACACUAAAAGUCAGUACAUUGCAGUCUCUUGGGGACUCUUGAAUGGAAAGAAGCAUAAAAAGAAGUAGUGGUGUAAACAGGCUUCCAGUUCAGGGAGGGUCUUCCACAUGAAAAUGCCGAGGCACACGUGGAGGGGGUUCUACAUGUGUGAGCAGGCUUCCAGUUCAGGGAAGGUCCAAGGUGAGACACUUCCACAUGGAAAUGUGGAGGCACACAUAGAAGGGGUUCCACGUGGUAGGAAUUCAAGUGAAUAGGACCUUGAGAAGUGCUCACAAAUGGGCUCCAGCUUUCCCUCUCACAGACAGUCAUCUACUGCUCCCUCCUGUUCAGCCGUCCAUCCAAUAAUCAUGGAACUGGUGCAGUUUGAAAUCCACACCUGCAGGUUACAUGUGAAGGUUGCUGGCUUUAUUGUUUUAAUUGAAGCCUGCCAGUAGACACCUUGAAGAAUGGUAAAAAUUAUCUGGGCACAGGGAGACUCACACAGUUCGUCUCUGUGGCUAUCAAGGCGGGAGGGGAAUCUGGGUUAUUCUAUGCUUGUUUUUAGUGGACAGCAAAAAAGCAAUUUGAAUCUUCAUGUUGGAAAGUAGUGGCUUCUAUUCUGAAGGGAGAUUUUAAUAUCGAAGAAUGUCUAAGCUUCACUGAGGUCAGUACUGAAGGAGUUCAGCAAGAGGAAACCUCUGAUGGUUCAGAGUGUGGGAGAGUAAAAGCCAGGGUUGCCCCGGGGGUAAUGCAGGGUAUGGUAUGUGUCCACUUAAGUCUGAGUAAGUGUUUGUGACAGGCCAGUACAAGAUAUUUGAUUCCCUGUGGUCCUGCCCCUUAAUCCAAUCUCUGUGAGGAUAGAGUGGUAUUUUCCAUUUAUCUCUGUGAACCUUUAAUAAAGACUAAGAUAAGAAUACUGCAGUCCAGGCCUUUGUCAGUAUUGCCUGUUUCCCCACUGAGGGGUGAGUUCAUGACAUCUUAUCAGUUCAUGGAAAUUGUGAGGGGACUUAGAUGAUAUCUAUGAUGUUUUCCAGACCCACAGAGCUUUUGUGAGGGCCAGUUUGUUCCUGAAACAUCAAAUCCUGAAGAUGAGAAGUGCUGGCUGCAUCUGAGGUGCCUGUCCUGUGCUCAGGUCAUCAGUCUGUUUCUCCUGAUGACUCAAGCUCAGAGCUGAAAGCUGGGACCUCGCACUUGCUCAGUCUGCACUCCUCUUCUGAGUUAUAGACGAGCCUCAAUGAGUUCCUUUAGGGAACAUGCGACAGAUCAUCUUAUCAGUAAUUUCAAAACAGUGCAAAAGCAGCAACUCUUUUUAAACUUCUUAAAUUUCUUCUUUUUUAUUUAUGUGGUAUUGGGUCACAGUGACAUACAAAAGUGCAUAUAGCCUAUGUGCAAAUGUCUCAGUAACUCUCACAGCUGAACCCACCUGUGCAACCAGAAUCUUCCUUGAGCCCAGUGGUGCCUGCUAAGGGAAGAGUUCCAUCUGUGGAGAUGACGAGAGCAGUUGGUACUGACCAGUUUGCUCAGGGUGCUGGUAGCACACAAACUGAACAAACACAUGGGCAGUGCUUCUUUCAUUGCCAAUCUAUUCAGUUCAUUAAGCUAGGGAAAUACAAACACUAUAUCUAAUCCAUGACUGCAUAGGGCCAGCUUAAUACAAGUACUUAAAAUGUAAAAGGCCGAUACAAUAAAAUUUAAUCAUAGAGUAGAUGACACCGAAAUCUGGUGUGCCCCCAAAUCGACGAAGUUCCAGAUACAGUGGUAUAGGCUAUUCUAGGAGAGGGCUGUGGGCAGCUAUGGGGUGGAGCAGAAUAGUGCAACACGGGAAGAAGAAAAGAAAUGUAAGACAAAGGGCUGUCAGCAAUGGUUUUGGAAUGAUGGACUUCCUACUUUGGGAGAGGGAGAGUUAGAAUGAAAAGCUGAGUUCCCCAUCGAAUCACUUAUAUCAAAAUAUAUUCUAGAUGGGUAUCAGGGUAAAAAAAAUACUAAAUUAUGAAAGUGUGAGAAUAUAUAUAUAUAUAUAUAUAUAUAUAUAUAUAUAUCUACACACAUAUGGGGAGAGAGGGAUCUUGGAAUAUGAAAAUCUUUCUAAGAAUUGCUUUAAAAAAAGAAAGUUAAAAAGCUCAAAGAAAUUUUGAUGAAAUUGUCUAAAAACAUACAUCUUCUGGCCUGGCAAGAAUGACUCAACAGGUACAUACUGCCAAGUGUGAUGAUCUACCUGGGUUUAAGCCCUAGGACUCCAUAGCGGGAGGAGAGAACCAACUCGAGUGAAUUUUCCUCUGAUUUCCAAAAUUGGACUGGUGCAUUUGCGUACACGGGCGCACGGCACACACACACACACACACACACACACACACACACACACACACAACUUCAGGUGGAAAAAAUGUUAUAGUCCUAACAAGAUCAAAAUGAAGAAAAAUACUUGGGAUAUGUACAUUUUCAACACACAGAGUUCUUGCAAACCAUUUGAAAAACAACCAAGGAAGAAAACUGGAAAAAUAUGAACAUAUUGCUAGGAAAAUGGUAUAUAUGUACUCAAUGUGUUUAUGUCUGUGCUCCUGUAAACAACCCUAAUGGCACUGGGUUACAAAAAAGAAAAAAUGGACAGGAGUUAGUAGGGAAGAGGACAGGAUCCGUGGGAGAGGAACAGGAACAAGAAGGAGUAAUGGGGAGGGUUGGACAUGACUGAAUUACAUUAUGCACGUGUAUGAAAAUGUCAUAAUGAAACCCUCUGUCAUAUAUAACUAAUGUAUGCUAAUAAAUCACUUUUAAAAAAGCA